GCAAAUUAUCAGUGAUAUCUCACUAUGUAAAUACCUCGAUAUUUAUAAGUUUAAAUGAUAUUACUUAUACUAACGAUUCAUAGAAUUGAUAUACCAGUAAUAUGGGAGUAAUCGGUAUAUAUAGGUAAGAAAUAUGAUCGUUUAAAUAUGUUCUGAAAAAAGAAAUUUAAAGUUUAAUAAUAGUUUUAAACUUCAAAUUACACAACAUAUUCUACAUAACGUAUUAAAUUGAUAUUUUACGUGCAAGUGUGGGAGAAAACUUUUGUCUUCGUAAUCACAUAUAUUAACGGAAUUAAUCGACCAUUUGACUAGUAGCACGUAUAGAAAAGUUAGUGAAUAUGGAUAUAUAUUUAAAAGUUAUAUACAUUUUUUACAGCGAGGUAAACAAUAGAAAGUGGUUUUACCAAGAAUAGGAUACUAGAAAAUAGUAAAAAAAUCUGCAUUAUGUAUCAGAUAGUCUAGUAAUUAAUCCAUAAAAAAAAGAAAGAAAGAAAAAGCAACACUAUAAAACAAUCACAAUGCCGGACUCGGCAAGUCUUGCUAUAGGAGAAGAGCAGAGAAUGAAAGCCAUCAAUGAACUGGAAGAAGCUAAGGUGAAGUUCCCAGGCGUAUGUAUAGAUAUAACAGAUUCUGAAAUCAUUUUUACUGGAAACAUCUACGACGACGUAAUGAAAUGCAAGUACCAUUUUGAAGUAAAACUUGGUUUAAAAAGAGUUAUAAGGAGAGGAGAAAGAUCAAGAGACGAAGAUGACGAUGCCCCUGUUACUAAAUCAUUUGUUCGCACUGAAUAUGUCACUUACGAGAAAAUAAAUGUUAUUGUAGUUGAAGCCAACUUUGUAGAGUUUGAUGGUGAAAUCGACUGUUUCGUUAAUACAACAAAUAACAAGUUAGAAGCGCUCAGUAUGGUAUCUAAGACAAUCAAAGACAAAGGGGGACUGCCGUAUGUAGAUAUGUGUGAUGCUGUAAAACAUAAGGCGUUAACACUUAAGACGACAGAGUGUUUAUCAACCAAAGCUGGAAACAUGAACACUCAGAAUAUCAUUCAUGCCAUAUGUCCUAAUCAAACGGAUUAUGUGUUUAAACUGUCGAAUAAAGCGCUCGAGAAUGAUGUUUUUUCAACUGUAUUUAAUUGCUUGAAAAUGGCGGAGGAACUUGGCAUACAUUCUAUAGCAUUUCCCUUUCUUUCAACAGGACAUGGGCAGCUUGACAUUAAGAUUUGCAGUGAACAAUAUGCUUACGCAAUUCUAGAAUUCAGUCGUUUAAGGGAGAAUCAAUUUGUAGUAGAAACCAUUUACUUCAUCGACAUAGAUAAAGACAAAGUAGACAUAGCAAACAAAGUCUUCGAACAGAUCAUCCCAACGAGCAGUUUGGAUUUGUUAGAAAUCCCAAGAGAGGGUCAUAAAAUUGUCUCCGAUGUACCAGAAAGCACAGAUGAGAAUGUAGAUAUUGAUCAUGAACAAGAGGACUUAAAUGAUUUAGUGGAUGGAAAAAGACCUGAUUAUUCUGAAUGCACUGCUGUGGAUGUAGGCCCCGCCAGCCCUGUUGAAAAUCAUGACUAUGAAAAUAUUCAAUGUAUUCACCCUGAAGAAAUCGAAUCAAAAGUUUAUGAAGGAAUGCCAGAAUUCCGCAAAAACAUUGGAAAUUACACUUUAAUCAUUGAGAAAAGUGAUAUAAGAAACACAAAGAUGGUAGCAAUUGUGUGCCCCGAAAACGAAGGGAUGGAGCGAGGUGGUUUACUUGCCGCCUCUAUCAAAUGUAGAUUUAGGCACUCGUUUAACGACAGGAAGUUGGGUAAAAUUCAGAAGAAUGCAAUAGCGACAACAGAAUACACGACAGAAGAUGGUGGCAUGCAAUAUAUCCUUCAUAUAAUGCUUCCCAUAUGGAAAGAAGGCAUAGAUGAAAAACAACUGGAGAAAGCAUUGAAAGGGGCGGUAGUGAUGAUGUUUGACAAACUGGUACGGCAUAAAAAGCGGCACAUUUCAAGUAUUGCUAUACCAUUGUUUGGCAUUGGCCGUGUUGAAAAUGACGAUGUCAUCAGUAAAUGUUGUAAGUGGCAAAUCGAACAGGUCGUAGACAUUCUAAAAAGAAAAAAGGAGAUACCAAAUCUGAAGGAAGUUUGUUUAGUCAACAGGUGCGAGAAAAUAAGAAACACAUUGAUAACUCAUGUUCAAGUGUCCCUUGCACAUCAACUGACAUCAACAACAUGAACAGCAACAAGUAGAUGAGGCCUUUAAUCAUUACUGUAUCAAUGGACAGGUGUAAUUAAAACAGAACAAGGUUGCACAGUCGCAGCAUUUCUUUGACACAAUUGGUGGCACUAAAUUGUUCCACAAGUUUUGGAAAGUCUGUGCUUUAACUCUUGAUCUUUUGAAAGGAUGUAGCAUUAAAGCUGAGAGCAAUUUUAUCAUUUUA